AUGCAGGGCUUCAACAUGGGACGUUAUGUCCCCCCGGAUCAGGAAGGCGUAACAACGGGAAACAAACUCGCCGGAAAGCACGCACUCGGCGCGCGCGCGCGCCACCUACACACAACAGGCGCACUAAUCGUGCGCUUCGAGAUGCCCUUCGCAGUAUGGUGCACGACCUGCAAGCCACACCCCAUAAUAAUCGGACAGGGCGUACGGUUCAACGCAGAGAAGAAAAAAGUAGGCAACUACUACUCGACGCCGAUCUACAGCUUCCGCAUGAAACACACCGUCUGUGGCGGGACCAUCGAGAUCAAGACCGAUCCCAGGAAUACGGCCUACGUUGUUACCGAGGGUGGGCGGAAACGCGAUACCGGCGAGGACAAGGAACUGCAGCCUGGGGAAAUUGCUAUCAAGCCGUACGCACGAGAGACGGAUCCCGCGGAGAAGGAUCCGUUUUCGAAAAUCGAGGGGAAGAUUGAGGAUAAGCUUCGUGCGAAGACGGAGGCGACUCGCAUUCUUGAGCUUCAGGAACGGCAGAAACGUGAUUGGGAAGAUCCCUAUGAGAGGUCUAUGCGGUUGCGCAGGACGUUUCGGCAGGAGAGGAAGGGGCUUGAAAAAGCUGAGGCGAAGCGCGAGGCUCUCAAGGACAAAAUGAGUCUUGGGAUUGAGCUUUUGGAUGAGACUGAGGGGGAUCGGCAGAGAGCGAGCAUGGUGGAGUUUGGUGAAGACCCGACCGAUGUUGGCUUGCAUGCGGCCCGAGUGACUCGUGUUCGGCCUAUGUUUGAGCAGCAGGCGGAAAAGCCCGCACGAAAGACGGGGCCGGAAGAGAAGAAAUCUCGUUCUUCGAGGCGGCCUAGGAAGGAUGAUCUGGUUGCGACGCGGAAGGCUUCUCUCCGUCGAGAGCUGGCUGGGAAUACUCGUGCUGUUAUUGAUCCGUUCUUGGUGGACGAUGCAGAUAAUCAGAAUGCUUGGCGGCAACCUAGCAUCAAGAAGAGGAAAAUCGUCGCCUCUUCGACUCCAUCCCUCCGUGAAGAUCCCAGUGGCACAGAACUUGAUUCCUCUGCUGUGGCACCAACACCAGCGCUGGUCAGCUACCCUUCCGACUCGGAGUGA